AUGUGCCCGAUGAUUCUCAAUCGCCUCUCUGACGGUCCCGCGACGGUCCUCUCUCCCCAGGAUCAUGCCUUCGCUCAGUUCCCGCAGACCAUGCUAGAUCCUCCGUCAAGCUUCACCAGCUUCUCCAACCCUAACACUGCGUUUGCCAAUAACCCUGCUCAAGCAUCCUCAAGUUUCAAUUUCACACCUCCUCCGAAGCCAUCCCGCAAGAGGUCGCGUGACGAUGCGUCCUUCGAAGAAGCCUUGACAUCCAGUGCGCCUCCAGCACCCACGCCGUCACCACCAAAGGAGGAGCCAAUUUAUGGCGAAGGAAUGGUUCUGCUCAACCCGCAGACUGGUCUCGCUCUCUCUGCUGAAAGCCAGACCGGCACAUGGUACGAGCAAGAGUCCGAGACGCACCAAGCCACCGCUGUGCCUGUCUACUCCCGGUCCAACGUUUUGCAGUCUGACGCGGGGGACGUAAGCCGCAAGUCCCAACGUCUCGACCAAUCUGCCCCAGGCCUGGAUGACAUCGCCCUUUCCUCAAUUCACCAACGCCUCAACGAGUCCAACUCGAACGACCAGCACCGCACCCUCAAUCUCGGGCCUGCUCCUCCCGCGGAGCCUCUUGUUGAUGACGCAACCCGUCUCCUCGGCAUAGGCUGGCAGCGCGUCAGCACAGAUGACGAUAUGGCUUGUGCGGUGCGCGGUUGGACGAAAUACAUCGAUAACCAGUUUUCCUCCCAGCUACACGACUCCCAGAUUCUCAUCAAGAGCCGCGCUCUGGACGCUUUCCUGGUAGCAGCGACUCCGACCUCUGGAACUUCGCCUGCUUUCUACCUCUUCACCGAAGAUCUCACCCAAGGCCAGCUCGUCGCUUCUUCGUGGGAAUCUUGCAUUCAAAAUCUGCGCAGCACCCCAAUCAUCUUCGAGGGUGCCGCGCCUCUUAGCGCUACCGAUCGACACAACGCCCAAACCACUCCUUUCCGCAUGGAAACUGGCGUACCACUUCUCCAGCAAGCCAUCUCAAACCAUUCACACGCACCGGGACUGAGCGGGGGCGUAGAAAUGGGAAUGGAGAUCGACUCAUGA